UGUGGAAGUACAAAGGGGGGUGUUUGAUAGUCUGUUAGAAGGUAGCCGACAUGUAUACAGAGGUAACAAUUACCAUCUGGUUACCUGCCACCUUGUUGCUAUAUUUUGUGCUGGAAAAGGGGUAAAAGCUAGUACUUGAGUAACACUGAAAUGUAACUGACCUGUCUUGCUUUUACCCUGCACACUUUAUGCUGCAAAGGAGAACAUUUUUGCUUGUUAAUAAAUUGUUAUUGACCUAAACUUGGAAUUACACUUUUACUUUACAAAGGACCAAACUCCUGCACUCAUGAUCACAAUUUCAUUAUUUUGUAUCACAGUAAUGGUUUUGGUGAGAUCCCAAUUUGAUUGCCUCGGCUGUUGCCACAAGAGGCAAGCCUAAUAGAACCCAAGUGUAGCCUGGAAUUGAAAAUGUCAGGAGAGACCACAACUGAUCAAUGCAUUAGAUUUUACUUUAAUCAUGUAAAAUUGCAAGACACUUCCUGUAUCUGACGCAGGAAGAAAUUGCUUUGUGCCUUUAAUCAAGUAAAAUUACAACACACUUCCUGUGUCUAACACAGGAAGCAACUGCGUUGUGCCUUUCUGUUACAGAUAACAUUAAAAUGAGUCUUAGCCAGAUAACUAACCAGGCCACAGUAUAGGAGAAUUAAUUUGAGUAAACCAGAUCCUCCAAACAAGGUGCGUUUCCUUGAAGUGUGGCAUCACAGUUCAACAGUUCAUGACUUGCCUUAAUCAGUUAGGCUACCUAAAUUAAGUGUCAUUUCCAGAAAGCUGUUUCUGUUAAUCUCAAGAUAACUACAAAAUGAAGUUUUGAUCUCGAGAUAAUGGGAUUAAAAAGAGCAAGCACAGCCACUCUGUCUUUCUGUAGUCAUGUGUUAUUUGUCACAAGGUUAGAUUUAACUACUGUGAGGAUUGGAUGAGGGUUACAUAUGUCCUUAUGUGUAAUACCAUCAGAUUGAAAGAGGGUGUACUUUCCUUUUCACAUUGCUUUUAUUGGGCCAAGUGAGUCAUUUUGAUUUCAGGUUGUCCUUUUAACUCUGAGCAGUGCUGACAUUAAGACUAAGAAAUGUCUCAGGAACACCUUUUCUUCAGUUUGUACCCCCCUGACACCGUGUCAGUAAUAUUUGAGGCACUGGGUGUCAAAAGCUUUUUUUCAGCCAAUAUCAGAGUUUAAAAGUAUAUGUGCCUCUUGCUUUUUCAUUCUUCUUGAAGGCACAGGAAAAUGACAGUACGAGAGGGACAGAAUGAUUAUUUAAUGUGAGCCUCAUCCACAUUGUUCUCUGAUAGUGGCCUGUUUGUGGGGGCAGGGUGUAUCACCGGCCUGUAUCAAAUUCAGGGUGCGCCUGGUUCAGUUUUUUUCCAGACUUGUGAUUUAAAAUUAACUGCAAAAAAAAAAAAAAAAAACUCUAUUUCUUCACCACAUUUUCAAGAUAAUUAUGUCAUCGGAGGAUUGAGGCAAAAUAAUCAAUGAUGCAAUUAAUUGUGGAUUCUCUGAGCUCACCAAAGACCAUUGCUAGUGGUUGGCCAGAACUGCAGUUGUGACAUCUAGUUUUAAUACUAGAUGUAUUUUGCCCGCUGUGUGUUGGAUGUCUUAUCUGCUGUAAGUAAGUAACUUGUGUGAAAAAACGCUUUUUGUGAUGGAGCCUUAGUUUCAAGUUGUUAAUUUUGCGCGGUAUUGCGUAAAUCAAUUCUGGCCCUAAAUAUGAAUUUAAAAACUUUUUCGGGCGACAAACCGUUCGAAUAAUGUCAAAUAUACAUUAUAAUCGUUGUUUCACGAAAACGAAGUCACGUCGAACACCACACAACACCGAUAGUUUGUCUGUUUUUUCUUAGCUUAUGUGCAUGGAUGUUCAUCAAACUUUAGAGCGAAAAUAACUGGCGCAUAGAUGGAACAUAUAAUAGUCUCUCAUCCAGACAUCAAGGACUUAAACUGUUUUCUCGACAGACGGUCUGAAACUGGGUUUAAUCGCGCAGACUGCACUCUUAUGAUUAACGCUGUUGCUCGAUGUUUUUAAGAAUGGCCUGCAGACAAAUGAUGCUAUGCUAAAGAUUCUCUUUCCAACCGCGUUGCAUCAUACAGCGAAAGAACCAACCGUCCCUUAUGACGUAAUCGGUAUAAGUACUACAAAGCAAGCCGUUAUAUUUAGAUAAUUUUGUGAAGCUGUUUGGAAUUAUAUGAAUUACGCGAGAUCUGGUUAAAUAGAGAAUUAUUGAGUUAACAUCAUGGAUCUUCUGGAUCUGAAAGGCAAGAUUCAGAAAUGAAAACCUGCGGAUGAAAUCUUGUCAUCAGCCAGCUAGACACGGAAGACCUACGAUUAAGAGCCAAGUCAUCCGAAACGGAUCUGGGGCAAAGCUGGGAAGAGCAGCAGUUCCCUGUAAGGAACAUCACACAAGAUGCUGGAGGCCUCCGUUAAAACGAUGGCUGAGAAGGAGCUGGAGGCUAAAAUGGCCAGCAUACCUAAGGGAGAUUUUGACCUGACAUUACUGGUGUCAUCCUCGUCCGACUCGAUCUGAGUGUCCUCCUACAACUUCGGGGAGGGUGAUGUCAUGGCACCCGUGCCCACACCUGCCCUGGCACCUGCUCUGUCACCUACCUCAACACAUUUGAGGAGAUUUGACCAGAUCUACCACCAAACCACCAAAAAUUGCCCAAAAAGUAGGCAAAGUGAGGUCUGCACUCCGUUUUCCCAAGGCCCUGCCCCCUCUCCCAAAGCUGGUCCCCAUCCCACCCUAUCAGUCUAAGCCUAUUCCCCACUUCAGCCUGUCGGACACCUGGCUGAGUCCGGAUUCAGACUGCUCGUUCAGCUCCACCGUUUCGAUGGGGAGCUUAGGGGAGGGCAUCCAAAUGUUCUAGAACUGGAAUCGCCCCAGAGAGCCUCUGUACUACAAGUCACACCUGCAGCCGGUGGCGAGUGCCCAAGCCAUGCUGGAGCGCCACAGGGCACGCCUGUGUGGAGAACAGAACUCCAUACUGCCCCCGCAGGCAGGGACCGAAAUAGACCAGGAGACCCGCAGCAUGCGCCUGUGCAGGGACCAGCACAACAGGCUGCCCAGUCUGGCCAAGGCCAAAGCCAGGCUGGACUGCUACAAGGCGCGUCAGUCUAAAGAGAACGCAGGCGUGCAAAAUAUUGAUGCCGCCAUGGCGAUGGCGGUGGAAGUAAAUGAGCACGAGGAACGCGUGUUAGCCUGGAUAAAGGCAAAGGAUGAGGAGAUGCUCCAAGAGAGGGAGGAGUGGAGGAGAGAGAAGGCAGCUCUGGAGGCCGAGGUCAGGGUGAGGGUGGUAUCGGCAAGGCGGGAAGUGGACCAGAUGGAGAAACAGAGGGAAGAGAUGGAGAAGGGGAUGUGUUUGGAGAGAGAUCUGUGGGCUUGGGAGAGGCAGGAGAAAGAGAGUAUGGAGCUGAAGGAGCAUGAGAUUCAGUCAGAGACAGAAAGGAUACUGGAAAACUGGAAUUGCCCCAGAGAGCCGCAGAACGCACCUGUACUACAAGUCACACCUGCAGCCGGUGGCGAGCGCCGAAAUCAUGCUGGAGCGCCACAGGGCAGGACUGUGUGGAGAACAGAACUCCAUACUGCCCCCGCAGGCAGGGACCGAAAUAGACCAGGAGACCCGCAGCAUGCGCCUGUGCAGGGGCCAGCACAACAGACUGCCCAGUCUGGCCAAGGCCAAAGCCAGGCUGGAGUGCUACAAGGCGCAUCAGUCUAAAGCGCUGAGCUCAAGCCUGCCCCCUCUGGCAGGAUCCGUAAUUGUCCCGGUGAGCUACAGCACGCCCCUGUCCCAGGAGCAGAACCCCGUUUUGUCCCGUCUGCUGAGAGGAAGACCCAAACGGAACACCCACAGUUUCUCCCCAGUCCCAGGAACAAGCAUCAAGCCUGGCCCCUUUGGCAAUAACUGGAAUUGCCCAGGAGAACAACAGCCACAUCCCAAAACCUCACACACUGAAUGGAAGAGUGGGUUUUUUAGCCCAAGAAAGUUAUCUUCAAAAGUAACGCCCUGUACCACUCCGGUGGAGAACUCAGGUGGGUCCAUCCUACCUUGAAUUUGUUAGGCUAUAUUUUUCAAUGUGUUACUCUUUCAGGUCAAAUCAUCUCUUAUUAGUAAAAUAAACCAUCUAUCAUUCUCCUCUAUGUGGGGAGGGUGUUUCCCCCAGACAGGGCCACCAGUAAAUGCAUCUCUAAAAUCGCAUUUCGUUUUGCCUGGGGGAGCAAUAUGGAGAAGCUGAGUCGCUCAAAGACGAUAAGAAUGGGGGCAGGGGGUCCCUGGGAAGAGCUCAGUAUCUCAGGCUGUCGAUUGGGGAGAUUAUUAUGGUGCAGCUUGAUAUCUGGAGCCUGAUCUUUCUUCAUGAGAAUCCAGCGUUGGGGACUAUUAGGUUAUUCUGACUGUACCUCACCAUGCAUUGACGGGCGGAACUCAAUCCGCAGACUGGCUCAACAUCACUCCGAAAUACUGGCCCCGGAACUGCAUAACAUCUGCCUGGUGGUCAUACAGGAGGCAAGACCUGGAACCCCCCCACCCUCGCAGCCCUGCAACAAAGCCAGCAUGCAUUCAAAAAUAUUUUUAAAAAUCAGCAUGAGAAGAAAAAAGACUGCAUGGGGCUCGUCGGGGCAAGGCAUGUAACCUUGUGAAGAAAAGACAAAAGGGGGGCACUCCCAAGCAGCCCAUCAACUCACAGAGCACUCCUGACAGGCAAACCGUCCACCUGCACCUGUCGAAUGCCAAAAACGGAUCGGAGAGCCUCAGGACCCCCCAACAGGUCCAUACCCCAAAACCGCCUCAGAUGGAUGGACCUGUCAAAGGGGGCUGUCCCAUUUCGGCACUGGGACACACGUGUCAGGUCAGUCUAAACAUUCUCAAGAAGAUUUCUUGUCUUUGUGAUCUUAACUUUUCUUAUUAAAAAGGUGAAGAAUCUAAUUACCAUCUUUUCUUCUUGGCCAGAUAAGUAU